CGCUGUCUUGACCUUAUCUCUCGCUUUCUCGCCAUCCCCCUUCUGCCUGUGAAUAAAGAAGACGAUGGUUUCAUUUUCCAAAGACUGAAGCACGUGGAUCGUCCUCGUCGCAGUGCAUGAGAGGAGCUACCAAAGCUGCCCUGCCCUAACUGCUAACAUGUCUGGUGCCUACGACGAGUCGGCCAGCCUGGAGGAGAGCACAGACAGUUUCUGGGAGGUCGGAAACUACAAGCGUUCAGUGAAGCGGAUCGACGAUGGUCACAGACUCUGCAAUGACCUCAUGAACUGCAUCCAGGAGCGAGCUAAAAUUGAGAAAGCCUACGCACAGCAGCUGACCGAGUGGUCCAAGAGAUGGAGACAGCUGGUAGACAAAGGUCCUCAGUAUGGGACAGUGGAACGCGCUUGGAUAUCACUGAUGACGGAGGCGGAGAAGGUGAGCGAGCUUCACCAGGACGUGAAGAACAGCCUGAUGAGCGAGGACUUUGAGAAGGUGAAGAAUUGGCAGAAAGACUCGUACCACAAGCAGAUGAUGGGAGGCUUCAAGGAAACCAAAGAGGCAGAGGACGGCUUCAAGAAGGCCCAGAAGCCCUGGGCUAAAAAAUUGAAGGAGCUGGAGGCGGCCAAGAAAUCGUACCACGUCUCCUGCAAAGAGGAGAGGUUGGCCUCCACCAGGGAGGCCAACGGCAAGGGUGAAGCCACUGUAACUGCCGACCAGCUGAAGAAACUCCAUGAGAAAGUGGAUAAGUGCAAAGUCGAUUCACAGAAGGCCAAGGACAAGUACGAGAAAGCUCUGGAUGAGCUGAAUAAGUGCACGCCUGCGUACAUGGAGAACAUGGAACAAGUCUUUGACCAGUGUCAGCAGUUUGAGGAGAAGAGGCUGAGCUUCCUCAGGGAGGUGCUGCUGGACAUCAAACGCCACCUCAACCUCACAGAGAACCAAAGCUACACGUCAGUGUACCGGGAACUCGAACACACCAUCACGUCAGCCAGCCCUCAGGAAGACCUGCAGUGGUUCAGCAACAACCAUGGCCCCGGCAUGCACAUGAACUGGCCGCAGUUUGAGGAGUACAACCCAGACCUUGCCCAUAGCAUCACAAAGAAGGAAAAGUCAAAGAAAGGCAGUGAUAGCAUCAUGCUGACCAAUGUCACCACAGUGGUGGACCGUGCUCAAGCUGCAGAUCAGGGCAGUGUGAGCAGCUACGAGAAGAACCAAGCGUACACGGCCUCCAACGAGUGGUCGGACGAGGACCAGACGGCACCCAACUCAGCCAGCGACACCAACGGUGGCGGCAACCCCUUUGACGAAGAGAUGGCCAAUGGCGUGAGAGUGCGGGCGCUGUACGAUUACGAGGGCCAGGAGCAGGAUGAGCUCAGCUUCAAAGCAGGCGACGAGCUGACAAAGCUGGAGGACGAGGAUGAGCAGGGCUGGUGCAAAGGUCGCCUCGACAACGGCCAGCUGGGUCUCUACCCGGCCAAUUACGUGGAGCCUAUCUAGCGGUCUUUCAGACUCUAAACUGGACUAAACCAUGAACGCACACUGACUUUCUCACGCUUCUCCGUGCGUCCAUCCCACUGAGCUUUCUUUCCCCAUUCAGGAUCAUGUGACUCCCAAUUCUGCAUUUUAAGAGAUGGUCUUCAAAGUCAUGCCUGGAUAGCAAGAACGAGCUAUGCAUUGUGCAUUUCAUGUAUAUAUUUCCUUUUUUUUACCAUCUGGAUGCUUGCACAAUGUUGACUCUUCAUAGACUGUGAAUUAUUUACAUUUUUAGUUUAAAGGAUCCUAAAGACUAUGGUUUAAAAGAUCAUGCGACAGGCAGGCUAGGUGUUAGCUAAGCUUAAAAACUGGAAACAAAAUCCACGGACAAGCAAAAACUGGCAUUUUUACACUUUGCCAAUUAACCUGUACUCAAUACACAAAAAACAAUAUUGCUCUUCAAUUUCGGGCUCUCGAACUUUUUACACCAAGAACCACCGCAAAAUGUUGCUUUGCAAGUACAUUUGCUACCUCCAUUUGCCAUCACAAUUUAGCCGUGGACAUGUGGCAGUAGAUAACUCAUAGAUAACCAAAUUGAGUUAAACAAUAAGCCAGUAAAGGAACAUUUAAAGUCAAUUCAAUUUCAGCAAAUCUUUGGUUAGUAAAUUUGUAUUGGCACGGUUAUUUCCUACAUACAUUUCUAAUAUACACUUGUCCCUCGUUGUCCCCCCCAAUUUGAAAUACUAUUGAGAAACUCAUAAUAUCUAUUUAUUUAUCCGUACUGCAAGGACUGAACUCGAAACUGAAACCAGCAUACAAGCGUAUUCAAGAGUCAAAUUGCUUGCAGAGUACGACAAAUUCAUACAUGUUGGCAGGUCUGUUGAAAGUCCUCCCUGCCUCUCACACCGGACAGUUCACCGUGGCCCGCCCCACUAUUUGAGAGGCACUGAAAUGUAACGUAACGUCUCAAUGUUUUGUGUCAUUACUGCCGCCUAGUGACCAUAAUACUACAUAUCAUUUGCAGUACUGUGUUUUCACUCUUUGUGCUAAGCUAACAAGCUAAUGCUGUGACUGACUUGAUAUUGCUAGCAGCACUAACCAUGUUUUCACUCUUUAGCUAAUAAGCUAACGCUGUGACUUACUUGAGAUCAGAAUUGUUGUUUUGUGGGGAAUUUGCUAUUUACGUUUAAGCAAGAACACAAAAAGCAUGUGUGCCAAUUUACGGGCUGCAUUCUAAGACAUAUGACGUCAUAUCAUCGUGCGCAUCAUUGGGAACCUCACGUUUCCCAUCAUGCCUUGCGCGCCGCUACUUCCAAAAAUACAUGGCAGCACAAAUGUAGGUAGUAUGUUGUUUUUUUUUACUCAUUUAAACAACAAAGGUAGACAUGUGAAACUUCGCUGCCGACGUUAUAAUGUUUUAUAAAAUACUUGUCGUUAGUAAUGCUAACAUGUAGCCACCUAGCAUCCGGAGGCUCGCUGUCACAUUUGACCAGGGUUACCCACUGAACUCUAAGUAGUUUACAGUUCAGUGGGUUUACCUGAUUAAUAAGCAGCCACUGAAUUAGCACACACGUUUCCGCUCCCCCCAUUUCGACCAGAAACAAAACCUGCCUCCACUUACCGCCUUUUAAAGGAGAAUAGCCUCAUUUCUUACAAAUAUUUACAUGGAAAACUAAGCCUCCCUUGGUGGUUACAGUAUGUGUGUGCUAUUGCUAACACAAACGCUCUACCAGAACUACUGCAUUGCUUCAAUUUGCUUUCUCUGCAAUGUUUUGUAUGUAAUGAACAUUUGGGUAUCAGGCAGACUCCUGGGAGCAUGUUGCAGCAUAGGUAUGUUAUAUGAUAGUGGUGUGGUGGCUACAGGUGUCAGCGUUGAAGUGAACACUACACCCUGUCUGGUGUUGUCUUACUUGCAAAAGCAGAGAAAGCUGCAGCCGACAAGAAGAAGAAACGGGACCAGCAUAUGAAAUAUUGAUGAGCGUUUCCUUACGCAAGAAAGAAGCCGGUUGUGAACAAACUGUUUACUGUUUUCAGGUGGACUAAACAUCGCCUUAUCAUAGUCCACCACCCUGCCGCAUCCAAAGUGCUUGCUUCAACUCCUUUUCUUCUGACUUUGCAGCGCUUGUUUACUUUCCACCAACAGAAAGAGACUGACUUGUUGCAUUUUAACAGUAUUUCAAUGGCUGCAUACACUGUGACAGUCCUGGAAUGAAACCCUAAAAGUCCUCCCUGCUCUUGUUGGAAAAUGUGAGGACAACCUCCUACUAAAAGGACUCAACGACUGUCUUUUUGUGAGAACACUGCUCCAAAGUCCAAACUGUAGUGCCUGUUUGAGUGGAAAUAAAAGUUGUCAUCAGGAGGCACACCAGAGUCUCAAAGCAGUUUUCUGAACGGGUUGUAAAAAGAUUUGGCCGCUGGAGGUCAGUAUUUACUAACUUUUUUUAUCAGCUAGACAGCUCUAUGAUCAUGCAGCAGGAGAGCCUGUUCUUGGAAGAAUUUAGUUGCAUUUCGUACUAUAAGUAUUGCGCUGUAUAUUGUAGAGGUGGCACAAGAUCUUGCGAAAUUAAAACGUGACAAGAUUUCUCGUGGGCACUAGGCCUGGGACUAAUCACGCAAUAAAUGAAGAUGAACUCAAUAAUUUAGCAGGCCUCAGUACUCUGACAUGUGCGUUCGUGUCUCUUUUGCAUGUCUCUCGCCAACAAACAGGCAGGAAGGGAGUUCACUCUGUGCAUUGUUUGUCCCAGAGAACACCUGCGUGAGGUAGAGUUGGGAGUUGCUUGAAUUUGAACGAUUCCGGGUUCUGAUUCUGAUUCCUUGUUUCGAUUCUAGUUCUUGACGAUUCUCGAUUCCGAUGCAUUCAAAGGCAAGUUUGCAUGGUUUAAAUGAGCGUGCUAAACAGAGUUCUUUUUGGAUGAAAUGUCUGAACUUCUCCAUGAAUUUUCUAAACGAUAUGAACUUUUUUUUGUAUCAACUUGUAUCAACACCAUUUCUCACAGAUCUAUUUUCCCAGAAAACACUUUCACAAAAGAUGUUUACUUUUAAAAAGCUUAUGUAAAGCAUUUCCACAUAUGCUGUCGUUUAUGUGUGAGUGAUGCUGCAGGCACUUAAACAUGCACUAACCCGGGUGCAGAAUGUUGUCAAUGAGUUAGGAGUCUUGAUCUACCAUAUUAGCACUUGUCUACUUACUGCCUCAAUGCUGGUGUAAGCUAUUUUUAAUGGCACCCUUAUUUUGUUACCAUAAGCAAACAGGAUGUAGUGCACAUCACUCUUAUUUUGAAGGUCGGGAGUGUGUUGUGUGGGGCGAGAAGGUCU